UGCUACCUCAUUGAGCACAUCUCUGCCUCAGCCCUACGAUGUGGCUCCAGACUGUAUGCAGGUAGAGGUACUAUCAAAUCACCAAACUUUCCAGGGAAGUACCCUAGUGACAUCAGCUGUGAGUGGACGCUCAUCUCCGAGGAUAGGGGUCAUGUGACCUUAACGUUUGAAGCGUUAGAGCUGGAAGAAAGCCCAGGAUGCUACUAUGACUACGUGGAGGUGUAUGAUGGUGAAAGUGCUAGGGAUGUUUUACUUGGUAAAUACUGUGGGACAACCAAGCCACAGACCAUUACUUCUACUUCUCAAAUGCUGUUUGUACGCUUCAUGACAGACUCAUCCAUAGAGAGACUAGGAUUCAGUGCUAAUUACAGUACAGGUUGUUCCGGGACAUUCUUUGGUCCAUCAGGCACCAUCAUAUCACCUAAAUACCCAGGGAACUAUCUGGACAACCUGAACUGUGUCUUCAAGAUUGUGGUUGGCAGACACAAAGUGAUUCGCCUUGGCUUUAGAACAUUCUCCGUAGAGGGCGGCACAGCUUAUUGCAGCUAUGACUAUCUAGAGAUCAGAGAUGGAUCUUCAUCAGAAUCCAAGUCAAUUGGCCGUUUCUGUGGAGAGGAGGAUCCUGGAGUACUGGUAUCUACUGGUAACACUAUGAUGCUAAGGUUCGUCACUGAUGAGUCAGUCAAACGACAAGGAUUCAUGCUGGAAUAUGAAGCUAUUGCUGUGGACGCAUCUGCUAUAGAUCCAUGCAUGGUAGACAAUGGAGGUUGCAGGGAAUACUGUCGUGUAGAUGGAUAUGGGAAUGCAGUGUGUGGCUGUCCUGAGGGCUAUGAGCUGGAUCAGACUCAGAAAGGAUGCGUGGACAUUGAUGAGUGCCUUCGUAGUGAGAGCUGUCCACACAUCUGUGUAAACCUGGAGGGUAGCUACAGAUGUGAAUGUAUCCCUGGCUUUGAGGUAUCCACCAAUGGCAAGGCUUGUGAUGAUGUGAAUGAGUGUGAGACUGAGAAUGGUGGUUGUUCUCAGAGUUGCUUCAACACAAGAGGUUCAUUCUACUGUGGUUGCACUGAAACAGGAUCAAUCCUCGGUCAAGAUGGACGCACUUGUUCUCCAGACGCUAUAGGUUCAAGUUGUCGUGAGAAUAACGGUGGUUGUGAGCAGGUAUGUCAUGAGAGACAUGGUGGUCACUACUGCUCAUGCCAUGCUGGGUAUAACCUAGGACCUAAUGGAGUCAACUGUACUGAUGUGGAUGAGUGCCUGAGACCUGCUUCAGACUUCUCUACAUACAGCAAUCAUUGUAAUCAGAGAUGUAUUAAUACAGCAGGCAGCUACUACUGUGACUGCGAUGAAGGAUUUGAACUCAGUCCCAAUGGCAGGGUCUGCAAAGAUAUUGAUGAGUGUGCUUCUGAGCUGAGGUACCAAUGUGAACAUGACUGUAUCAACUUCCCUGGUGGAUUCCGCUGUCAAUGUUUCCCUGGUUUCCGUGUCUUACCGAUGGCAUUAACCAUCCAAUGUGAAGACAUUAAUGAGUGUGAUCCUCAACCUGAAGACUGCCAUGUGUGUACUAACUUAGAUGGAGGAUUCAAAUGUUCUUGUCGAGAAGGCUUCAUAACUAAUGACAAUGCUACUGCCUGUCAUGACAUCAAUGAAUGUGAUAUCAACAAUGGUGGAUGUCAGCAUGUGUGUGUGAACCUUGCAGGCAGCCACGAGUGUCGUUGUAGAUCAGGUUUCCAGGGGACGGACCCUACUAAUAUAAUCUGUGUGGAUAUAGAUGAGUGUGGAGCAGAUAGAAGUGGACCGUGUGAUCACCGCUGUGACAACACUGAUGGAUCUUUCCAGUGUACAUGUCGUAGUGGUUUCUACUUGCGAGAGGAUAGACUGACAUGCAGCGACAUAGAUGAAUGCCAAGAUAAUAAUGGAGGAUGCAGUCAACAGUGUGUCAAUAUACCAGGAGUGUGGGAAUGCAGAUGCUUUGAAGGUUUCCGUCCUCGUAACCCUGAGAUCCCUGAUUCUGAUGAAUGCAUGGAUAUUGAUGAAUGCCAAGAGAAUAGACACGAGUGUGUGGGGGCAGAGGAAGCUAUAUGUGAGAAUACUCAAGGCAACUAUACAUGCAACUGCCCUAAUGGAUUCUACACAUUUGAAUGGAUACACUGUAGAGACAUUGAUGAGUGUAGCAACUCCUCUCUCAAUUCCUGCCAGCAAACGUGCAAUAAUUUACCAGGGAGUCAUUUAUGCUCAUGCGACGGAGGUUAUGUAGAGGUCAAUGGUACAUGCAAAGACAUCAAUGAGUGUGAGGAGGGACUAUGUGAUCACAAUGACCUGUGCGUGAACACAGAGGGCAGCUUUACAUGUCAAUGUCACGAUGGUUUCUUCCUGACAUCCGAUGGUCUCUCAUGUUCAGAUGUUGAUGAAUGCAAGGUUAAUAAUGGAGAAUGUCAACAGACAUGCAUCAAUGAUAGAGGAGGACAUAGAUGUGACUGUAAGGAAGGCUAUGAACUCAAGAAGAAUGGCAGAACAUGCAGAGAUAACAAUGAGUGUGAUACAGAGUAUGCCUGCUGUAAUCAAGUACACAACUGUGUCAAUCUACCAGGCACAUAUACAUGUAGCUGUGAUCCAGGCUUCUACAUGGAUGCUGAUAACUGUACUUGUUUAGAUGUGAAUGAAUGUGAGCUGAACAAUGGUGGCUGUGAUCACAUCUGUACAAACUAUCCAGGAGGAUAUAAUUGUUCCUGUAGUGAAGGAUACGAGCCUCACCAUGUUGCAUCUAACAGGUGUAGAGAUAUAGAUGAAUGUGCAACAUUAAAUGGAGGAUGUGAUCAUUUCUGUUCUAACUAUCCUGGUGGCUAUAACUGCUCCUGUCAAGGCAACUCCAAACUCAAUGUGGACACACAAACAUGUAGCCCUUGUCCGACAUGUGAGAACUUUGAAGAACUACAGGGAAUGUUGAUGGACCUCAAACUUAUGGUUGAAUCUAUGGAUAAGACUAUUACAGGACUCAGGCAAAACAAUACACUACUUGAAAUGAGGCUACGGAAAGUUGAAGACUGGCAGAGUGUGGAGUCAAGCAAGAAACUUCCUGCGGAUAUAAAUGUUAUAAACUAAUGUUAAUCAUGUAAAUGUAUUUUCGUACCAACUUUGAACAUAGUGUACAUAAGUCAUGUAUGAAUAUUAUAAAUAUAUUUAAAGUGAGAGAUGUUUGUAUGAUGCAGGGUGAAGUGUGACUACGGUAUGUUGUUUUUGGACAUACUGAGUUUAUAUGGAUGAUGGUUGUCAGGGAGGUCAAAGGUCAUGUAGCAUAAAAAGGAUUUGUGAUUUUCAUAAUACAUAGAUGUUAAAAAUGAACUAAACAUAUACUUUUUACAAUACAUAUGUGUGUGGUCAUCAAAAUAUACCAUAUAAUUAGAUUAUGUUGAGUACAUAUGAACACUACUAUACUUUUCUUGUCUUUGUAUUCUUCUUCCAUGCACUAUCAUCCCCUCAUUCUGUGUCUGCUCCUCCUUGACUCAUUUCUAUUCUCCCCCUUCCUUCUAGCUCAC